GGAACUGGAGUGGUAUCGUCCAUUCAUGAAUUCAACAUGGAGGCGCUGCUGCGCUGGAAAUCAUUGUUGUGAAAUGUUGAAUCAAGUCCACGGGACCCGUUAACAUCAUUGACAGACUGGUGCGGACGGAUUCAUGAACGGAGCCGCGCGGAAACCGAACCAGACGGCGGACCGAACCCUCCGAGCGGCUGACGGGACGCGGUUUCAUGCUUAAGUGUCCGACGCAUGAGUUAGCACUCGAGUCCGAGCUGCUGGUGUGACAGGUCGGUGACGACACAGAUGGAGCCCGGACAGAUCACCGGGCUGUACGGAGAGGUCAGCACCCUCCCUGCGCUGCUCUCUGCACACGUGACCGAGGAGCAGCUCCCAGAGAUGCGGAUCUACACGGUGUCCGCAGAGUUGAGUCAGAGCGACCCGGUCCGAGGCUCCAGAAUUCGCUACUCGCAGCGGUGGACUCUGAUCGCGGACAGCAACGACCGGAAGAGCAUCAAGACUGUCCUCCCACCAGGACCCUGUGUCCCUGUGUCUGGAGAGUUGCUGACCGGACUCUCUCCCGUCCGAGGCCGGAGGGCUGUUGUCAGGGAAACAGGAGGCCAGCAGCUCCUCGAGAUAUGGGACCCCCAGGGCCUCAGGAAGAGCCUCAACCUGACCGCUCUCAACAGACAUGGCAGAGUGUACGACGACGCCCAGUUUGGCUGUCUGUCCUGGUCGGAGUGUGAGAACAAACUGCUGUAUGUAGCUGAGAAGAGCAGAAACACUUCAGUAGAAACACAGGACGGGAAAGCUGCGUGUGAGAAGGACCGGAGUGUGUACAGUGAAGACUGGGGCGAGGGUCUGACCAAUAAGAGCGCUCCGGUGCUUUGUGCGGUGAAUCUGCAGAUCGGCUUUGUCAGCGUGCUGCAGGGCGUCCCGCCUGACGUCUCACCUGGACAGGCUCUUUGGGCUCCCGGCAGUCAGUCCGUGUUUUUUGUCGGUUGGUACCACGAACCGUUCAGACUCGGGCUGAAGUUCUGCUCCAACCGCAGGUCAGCGUUAUUCAAGCUGGACCUGGAUGGAAACUGUGAGUGUCUGUCCGGACCCAACCUGUCUGUGUCCUGUCCCAGGCUGAGUCCGGACGGGUCCACGCUAAUCUAUCUGCAGGGUCGAGUGUUUGGUCCCCACAGCCAGUGCCUCAGUCUGCAGCAGUUGGACCUGAGGAGCGGGAGGACGUCCACACUGCUGGAUGUUGUCAACAGAGCACAGCCUGGUGAGUUUGCAGGUGUGUAUGAAGCUCUGCCGUCCUGCUGCUGGUCUGCAGACAGUCAGAGAGUGGUGUUCAGCAGCGCCCGCAGGAACUGGAAGGAUCUGUUCAUGGUCGACAGAAGAUCAAACAAAGUUACGUCCCUCUCUGAUAGUUUCUCUGAUGUCUCCAGACAGUAUGGCAGCUGGAAGCUGUUGACAGUCCAGAAGGACCUGAUGGUCGUCUGCUGCUCCAGCCCCAACACACCUCCCACUCUGAGAGUGGGCUUCCUCCCCUCGGCAGGUGAGGACGUGACCUGGCGAACCCUGCAGCAGCCCAUCACGACCUUUGACUUCCACUGGACAGUUCUAGAUGUUACACCUCCACCAGAGGAGGACAACACACACUACUCUGGUGUAGACUUCGGGGCCGUGCUGGUGAAACCGCCUCGUCCCCUCCAUGAUGCCAAGACACCUCUGGUCGUCUUCAUCCAUGGUGGGCCCCACUCCCAGUUCCCAGCAGAGUGGAACAGCACCACAGCUGGACUGGUUAAACUGGGCUUAGCUGUGCUCAUGGUGAACUACAGAGGAUCGACAGGGUUCGGCCAGGACAGCAUUUUGUCCCUGAUCGGUCGGAUCGGGAGCCAGGAUGUAAAAGAUGUACAGAGGGCCGUGCUCACUGCGCUGCGGACGGACAGCACCCUUGAUCCCAAACGCUUGGCUGUGAUCGGCGGCUCACACGGGGGCUUCCUGUCCUGUCACCUGGUUGGUCAGUACCCCGACUUCUACAGAGCGUGUGCGGCCAGAAACCCCGUCAUUAAUGCCGCUACAUUACUGGGCACCAGUGACAUUGUGGACUGGCGUUACAGCAGCGUGGGGCUUCAGUAUUCAUACGACCAGAUCCCUACUGCUGAGGCCCUGGCUGCCAUGUUGGAGAAGUCACCCAUCACACAUGCUGCUCAGAUCAAGGCUCCGGUGCUGCUGAUGCUGGGGGGCAGAGACAGGCGGGUGUCUCCUCACCAGGGUCUGGAGCUCUACAAAGUGCUGAAGAGCAGAGCUUCUCCUGUCAGAUUGUUGUGGUUCCCAGAGGACGGACAUUCUCUGUCCAGAGUGGACACGCUGGCCGACUGCUUCCUCAACACGGUGCUGUGGCUGCAGCAGCAUCUCCGAACGCACACACCCCAAAAGGAGUUCUGCUGCUGAAUUAGCUCACCAGCUAGGUGACGAGCUUGAACACACCACUGCCUUUUUAAUAACAGAAAAACAUUCUGUAUGUUACAGUGUUUCACAUUUUGUAAACUCGUUUCUAACUCAAAAGCAUGUAAUAAAGACACUUUUACAAACCUGA